AAUUUAUCAUUUUUAAAGGAUCUCUUUACCUGAAUAUUGCCGGUCUAUUAUCAAGAUACAGCGAAUAUUUCUUCAGAGUAUCGUUAGCUGAUGAAACGAUUGAUGAGCAUCGCCUACAAUUCAGGACGAUGUCGAAACAAGAUGAUAGGGGGAUUUUUCACUUUAGCUACAAUCUAGCUCUCGAAGCGGAAGAAAAUAAUUAUCCUCAUAAGGCUGGAGAAGAUGUAGUGCUUUUGGUGAAAAAUAGCUCCAUUUUCCGACGCCAGCCAAUGUUACGUACAUUUAACCAAAAAGAUGGAAAUAACCCCGAGAAGGACGUCCACGCGAAUAGAAGUAUUCUAUAUCAUUCUGACAAUAAAAGCCUGACAGAACCCAAAAUACGGAACCAGUUUAUUUUUUAUGGAGGCGCAGUUCAAGGAUACGUUCAGGGAAAAGAAACCGAUGAUCAUGAACAGGCCUCCGUGGAGGAAACAAGGAAAAGAUUAUACGGAAUGGGAGCAAGUCGAAGAAAACUUGGCUUGGGUGAAGUAACAAACGUUUCUAUCAUGGGUCACAAACUCAGGAAAAAGGCUGUUUGCGAUAUUACGGACAAUUCACAUUACCAAAGGCAGUUUCUACGUGUUCUAAACAAACGUUUCUAGGUCAACUUACUCGAUUUGUUUGACAGAUUAAGUUAUAAGUAGGCUUGGUUUAGCAUCAUAUGCUUAAUCUCGUUGUUGCUGUUCAUCC